AUGAGCGAAAAGAGAAAGCAUAGAAGAGGAAUCUGUCAGCACGAGGACUGCACAUCCCCCAGAGAUGUCUACUGUCCCAACCAUCAUAUGGUUCUUUGCAGUCUCCACAAGACUUACUACCACUUUGAGUGCAAAGCAGAGCAAUUCAUCUCAGCCCAAGAGCUCAAGAAUGCUCUAGUGCCUGUGAGCAACAGUCUUCAUCAGCUGUUCCAGUACAAAGAGACCUACGACAGUCUGGAGUACCUGAUCCAAAACUUUGGAGGAGCCCUGGCUAGUCUGAUGGAAGAAUUCGAAAAUCUCAAAGGCGAAAUCAGGAAAAAGAUCGAAACAGACCAGUUUCUUGAGUACAUGAAUCUCAAGAAACAAGUUGAAGAGUUUUACAUGAAGUUCAGGGAAAGUGACAUCUAUUCUAAAUUCAAAGACUACUUGUUUGCCAAACAGCUUGAAGAUCAGACAUCAAGCUCAGCCAUGCAGAAAGGAGUUUCCAAACAAUUAUUGGAAGAGAGGAAGAAGUAUGAAGCUUCUCUAAAGAACGUGGCAGUAGAUGCCAAAGAGAAAAUUUUGCAAGAGGCUGAAGUUGCAAGAGCCAGAGACAUUGAAGAGCUCAAAAACCAGAUUCAAGACAUUCAGCAACAGAGUGAAGAACAGAAGAGCUCAAUCUCUGACCAUCUUAGGGAGAUAGAACAACUGAAAACUCAAAUUGAAGAUGGCAAAACACAAAUAGAGCAACUCAACGAAACAAAAGACAGAAUUGAAGAAGAGUUCAAAACCCAGAUGGCAGAACACGAACAGCUCCAGGAAACCUAUUCGAAGAUGAAUUCUUUCAUCUGCCAACAACUCUGGAAGAAAUGCUUCGGCGAGGAGAAGGCGUUCGACCUGAAAACUAAGAUUGAGUUGAAGAUGGCAGAUUCUAAUGCCCAGAACUUCCUGAAGGAGGUAGUGGACAUGAAGGUCAGACUGCCAAACAUCAAGAGGAUUGCAAUUGACCAGAACAAGAAGGAAGACCCGACUGUCAGAGACUUCUACCUUCACUGUUUCCCUGAACAGGCACAACUGUUUUGCUAUAAUUGGUACUAUGAUGGGUCAUGCUCCCAAACGAAGUUAGAUUACUACUUCGAAGGCCUGAAAAGGGUGAUCCCAUGAGUCACGAGAGAAGUAGUCCUGUAUGAUUUUGAAAUUUCAAAGCAAGAGUUUGAAUUCAUCGUGAGCAACACCAAGGCAGAGAGGCUGACCAUUAGUGAAUCCAAAUUCGACACUUCCUCUCCGGUCGCCUUCGACUGCCCUUCCUCCAGCAUCCAGUACCUGUCUUUCGAGAGGAGUGGCAAAAGCAGUAGAAACGACUGGAAGGCUAGUCCAUCCAAGCUGAAGAACAUCCUGAAGGCAGUCUCUGAGUCAGCCCUCAAAGACUCCAUUCAGACUCUAAAUGUUUACCAAUGCGGACUAAGUGGCUCCGAAGUCAAGGCGAUGCUGCCUGAGUUGGGACUGACCAUCGGCCAGGUCAUUGAUAAUUCAUGCCCAGAUCCUCUCUCAGAUUAAGGGGAGUGAUGAAUUCAAUUG